CUCUAUGGUUUCAAAUAUAUAUUUUGGCAGGUUUGGUACCACUGCGUAUUUGUUUUUUUCUUUCUUAUUUGUUAUUGUGAAGUUUAGGUUUUAAUGGAGUAUAGGUUAUUUGUAAAUAGGUUUUGAAUACCAAUUUAAGUUCGCAAUGUUUGCGAGGAUACCCCUAACGCCGUUGCGCGUGUCCAGGCCGACGUCGGCCCUGUCGAGCUUCCGCCGCCCGGCGUCCCGGGACUCCUUGGCGGACGCGCGGGACGUGGUGGUGCUCACCGACGACGGCUCGACGGUCGUGUGCUGGCACCCGGAGCGGCCGUUCCCCUACGAGCUGUCGCGGCCCCUGCCCCAGGAGGCGGCGCGCGGCGUGGCGUGCCCCGCGGAGGCGCUCGGCGUGCAGGCGGUGCGCGAGGUGCGCGAGCUGUACCGGGCGCGCGCCCCGGAGACCACGCGGGACCAGCUCAUGAAGAUCACGCACACCACCAAGCACAUAUGGUUCCCGAAGGGCCGGGCGCAGUACCGCAAGAAGAUCGAACCUGACCGCGAGUACCUGUAGUGCGUUCACGGCAAUUCCUACGUUAUAGGACAGCCACUCUGGACACAAAUUCAAACAGCUUAAUCAUGUUCCAACUUUACAGUCUACAAGUCUACAUUUGGAACAUUAGCAAGGUAUUUUUUUUUUGUUGAGAGAAGUUCUUGGUUUAGUUAUAUAAUAAUUUAUAAGAUAUGCUUGUUUAUAGAAUGUAAUAAUAUAUCAUUUAGGGCCAUUUCCCUGUUGGAUUUAAGAAUUCUGCCAACAUAACCCUCUGGAAAGCAAGAAACAUUGACAGAAAAUCGAAGUCAAGACAUUGGUACUAGCUCUACCUGUGCUAUGAUAAAAGCAGGUAAAUGGAUGAAACGUCACAUCUAUCCACCUACAGAUUGCUCAUUAAAAAUCAAGGGUAAUGAGUAAACCUAAGAUUUACAGGUUUUGGCACAAGUUCAGUUGAAGACUAUUCCUUAUACCAUGUAAUGUUAUGGUUUUCUCUUGUUUUUGUGAAGAAACAUUGGUAAUUAGAGUAGGGUGCUCUUCAGAAAAAAAUAUGAUUUGAUAUUUCUGUAUAACAUUGGAAUUUCAAGUAGUUUAAUGGUAGUUGACCAUUUUGAACAGUUAAGUAGUUAUUUAAGCAACAUUUAAAACACUGUAAAUUGGUUGGGCUAGUGACAUUUAAAAUAUUUGGAUGUGUUUUUUUUACGACUAUUAGUGGUUAGCAGUACUCAAACUCACCAUUUAUGGAAAACUUAAUUUUUUCAUAAAUGCUUGCUGGUGAUUGAUUUCACUAGUACAUGUUAUUACGGUUAGAUUUUUCUCACACGUUGACUUGUGCAAAAAAAUCUUAGGAUCAUUGUUAACAUGUACUUAAUAAAUAUAUAAUUUAUGUAGAUGUAACUUAACCAACCUAACAUAAAAAUGGUGAAUUACCUGUAUACUACAUAAAAAUUGCAAUGUUAAUUUACAUAACUAUUAUGAAAAAUGUUUUUAAAAAAUUAAAACUAAUGCAUUUUUGGCUUUUAAUUUUAUAUUAUUGAUUUUUUUUGUGUGCCCCUUUUCCAGAUACUAACCCGCAAAUUGUUUGGAAGUGUGUGUACUUCUUUUUGUCGUGUGACCAAUCCUGACUGUACAGCUAAUGUGGUAUAAUAUAAGUUGUAAAUAGUAUCUCAGUAAAAAAAAUUUGCACCAAGACAUACAAUGCAACGAAUAUUUAAUUUGUAAGAAAUCUUUAAGAAUAGUCUUUUAAAAUAAUAGACCCUAAUGGCAAGAAAAUAAAAUUCAGUAUGUGGCAUAUGGUAUUCCAAUGUGAAUAACAGGGAGACAGUAUGAACUUGGAUUUUUCUAAGUUAUCAGAUCACUGUUAGACAGAGCAUCUUAAAACCUAUGCAUGUGAAGUGAAUCAGAAGUGGCCAACAUUGAAUUAAUGCAUAUCGCAUGCCACAGCAAACCUUUGGUUCAUUUAUUUCUGGGAUAAGGAAAACAAAGAGUGGAGGGGCACUGUACAGUAUUCUUUUUUUUUUCCCCCAGUAUAUUCUCAAACCUCAAAGAUACUAUUAAGUUACCAAGAGACUUUUUUACUGUUGCUUAAUGGACUGUAAACAUAAAAUACAUUGUUGAUUGCUGAUGCCAUUAAAUGUCACUAUGAAUCCUGCAAAACUUUCAUAAACACUCGCAUAAAUAAACACAUGUACAUGGAUGAUUUCUUCUCUUCUUUUGGAAUGUGGCAGCAAGCAAUGCUUCAUGUAAGCACUUUGCGAGUGUUUCAAAAUGCUGGAUAACUCCUUUCUGCUGCCAUUUUUUUGUUUGUUAAUGUGAUAGCAGGGAGGAAUUUCAUCAAUUUAAUUUUCGGGUAGUGAUUGUGAACUAGGGGUUGAAAAGAAAAAUGAGGGUCAUGUAUACGGCUACCUGUAGUCUUUAAAACUCCUUUAAGGGGUCCUUAAUUAUUAUGUAAAAAUGCAAGAACUAUAAGACACGCCGAGUAAUUUUUUUAACCACUGUAGACAUGGACUCUGUGAAGACUUACAAAUAACAUACAUAUUUUCAAAUGAUAUUGUAUUGGUUAAAAUAAAAUAUUCAACAUUAUCGACAAUCAUAAGAGUUUUAUGUUCACAAAUACACAUUUCCUUGCAAGUAACUUUACAUGUAUUACAAAAACAUUGACAAAUUAUUAAAAAAAUAUGUAUGUACUUUCUUCACUCAAUUCUUCUCUUCUUCACAAGCGAUCCCAACUGAAAAAAAGGAAGCAGAGUAUUUUUAAUUUAAUUUGAAUGCUCCAAGAAAACUUGCAUGCAAUUUUAUACAGCACUAUAUAUACUUUUUCUAAGAAUUGUGAAAUACAAUUAUUUAUAGGACAAUUACAUAUGUAGCUUUAAAAAAAACAUUUUGUACUGUAGUACUUUUUAAAGGGUUUUGAGACAGAAGGAUAAAGCAAAGGUUUAUAAAUUACCUACAAAAAAGAAAUAUUACCAUAAUUUUGGAAGAAUAAAAAUUCUAAACCUUUGUUCAUAACUUAUAAUGAACUAAAACAAUAGCAUCAGUAUUAUUUUGGUUAAAAUGAACAUUGUUUCUUUAAAUUAUUCUGAUUAUUUGUAAUAACCAUCUUUUACUUCAUGCUAUUGUUUACAUUUGGAACAAAAACAACUUUGUACUACAUAAUAACCAUAGUUUUGUAUUUAAGAAAUAUGUAGCACCAUAACUCCUAUGUACCUAAUUUCUAGGGACUGUGAAAACACUUUGUAUUAUAAAAGUGUUGUAUUAAAGGGAUUUUUAUUAAUGAA